AUGGCGUCGUCGACAUCGUCGCACCGGCGGCAGAUGUCGUUCAAUUUGUACAACGCGACCAUCAUGGAUUUACACAUUGCGGCCACUAGCAUUCAGACGGCGUGGCGGCGGUGGUCGGCCACCGCCAAGCGUCGACUAAAGACAUCGGGCAAGGCGUCGGCAGAGUCGCUCGGCGGACUACUCGUCAGCAUGACGACUGAGCUUGCAUCGCUGCGGACAUUGACAGGAGAGCUUGAAGCGAAGAAUCGACGGCUCUUUCUGGAGCUCGAGGCGCUGCAUCAUGAAAAGCUCGACCUUCGUGCCCGCAGUGUGAGCGAAGAGAAGCGCCUCAACGACGAAAUCGCAUCCCUUCGUGCCAUCAUCCACGCCCAUCUCGAUCCUGCUGUGGCACCGCAGCUGAAAGCGCCUAUCAGUACAACAGCCAACGUGUCUGAGUGCCGGACGACGGACGACACGGAAGACGAUCAUGUCGACAGAAAAUACUGGCGGCAAGCGGCACUUGCGGCUCAAACAGAGGCGACGGACGCCAAGACAAGGGCCCGGGACGCUGAAGCCAAACUCAACGAGCUCCAUGCCAUCCAUUCGAUGCAAGUGGACGAGUGCAAGGGGCUGCAAGCCAAGCUCGUUCUAGCACGACUAGCGGCAGUCGAGUCAGACCAACAGCUGACGAAGCUACAAGAUCAAUACGAACGAGUGUGCGCACGCGCCGACGAUCUACAAGAGCAGGUGCGGCGGAGUCAAGUGGAGGCGCAGUCGCAGUACACCCACUGGGUGAAAAGCCAAACCGACCUCCACACCGUGCAAGCUGAAAGGGACGAGCUUUUCCACGACGCAGCGCUCCUUCGUGUCGACAAUGAAGAACUGCGUCAGGACAACGCAAAGCUCCAUGCUGCACAAGACGAAGUAGCGGCGUUGAAGCGGUCGAUCAACGGGUUGAAAGGCGCGGUGACGGCCAAGACGGCGGAAGCAAAAGCUUUCCAGGCGUACGGUGCCAGUGCGCGCGAACACCUUCACGCUCAAGGGAUGCAGCUACAGCACCUCACCCAGUUUCAGACCGCGUUUCGAUCGGUCGGCGCUGUCGCCAUGACAUCGCUGCGCGGGCUGAAGCAUGCGGCAUUGGAUGCCAAAGACAUCCUGGUCACAUGGCAAUCCGAAAUGGCGUCGACGGUCGCGCUGCUCCAGAACAAGCUUUCAACCGCAUGCCAGUUUGUCCAAAUGGCGCACAUCGAGCACAAGUUGCUGCGGCACGCUCUGGUCACCACGACCGCAUCGUCGGCGCACUUACACGACCAAGUGUGGAAAGUUCACCGCAACGCGUGGUUUGUGUGCCAAGUCCUUUCCGUGGACGACCCGUCGGCGGUGGGCGAUCGCAACAAUCUCGAUCCCUACCUAGCCCGACAACGAAUCGCGGCGAAUUUUGAAACAGGCGACGUCCUCUACACCAGCCCCGAUGCACCGUCACUCAAGGUCCAGUUCGACCAGCUCUAUUCGAACCGCGGCAGGGGAUGGUGCAGCUCGCAGAGCAUCGGCCCGGCCGUUCAGAGCGUCCUGGCAGGCAAAAACGCGUGCGUCGUCGCCUUUGAAGGUGUUAACAUUGAGACCGACAUGAAUUUCGCGUCAGCCACCACAGCCGCUGUCCUCCAUGAACUCUUUCGGCAAUGCACAGACCUCGUCGGGUUUGCCACGAUUCAGUGCUCGUUGAGUUACCUCGGCAUCUACAGCGAGCACGUGUACGACCUCCUCGCAAUUGUCGACGACUCGGCGGCGACCAGCCAUGCUGUCCACGGCGGCUUCACUGACGCGUGCUGCGCGCCAACGGCGACCUCCAACAAUCACCAGCCCAUGGUCGUGCUCGACGUUCGAAACGACCGAGACGCCCUCAUUGCAGUCGAAGAAGGGCAGCGCAACCUCGACCGCCUCUUGCGCCGGUUUCCAACGAUGGAGCACCUGACGCAUCUUCUCCUGACCGUAUGUGUGACGGUGGACCCCGCGUUCAGCUCGGACGGGACGUCCCAACCGAUCAAGUCCAAACUCCAGAUUGUCGAGCUCGCAUCGGGCGAUGGCGGCCUCGAGUGCACGUGGCAAGACACCGAGCGCAUCCGAGCGACGAUCAGCGCCGAGAACAGCUUGAAUGCGCUCACGACGUGCCUCGGCGACAUUCGUUCGCCAAACACAGAUCCGCGCGGGGACUCGGUCGCGAUGCGGUACCAUGCGUCCAAGCUCACGCUAUUGCUGCAGGACUGCCUCCAUGACGAGGCGAAGCUCCUCGUGCUGUGCACAUUCACCACAACCGGUGACAACGAGCCGUGGCGGGCCCGGCGGGCGAUGCAAAUCCUCCAUCAAUUUCGAGACGCUGUCGCGCGGGACAAAAACGAUGCGAGUCACGAUCACGACGCCGAAGUAGCACCAGUUCUGCCGUACGGCACUGUGACAUGGUACCGCGGAGUUGCCGCCUCACACGAUGGAAUCGGGCCAUCGUGGGAACGCGAGCUGGCAGCGAUCAAACACCGCAAUGCACAAAUGGCUCACUCGAUGAACGUUGGCAGACGCGAUGGGGAUACGCCGCUGCCGCCACCAAGCCCACCAGGCCCCGGCAACAACAACCAGUCAACGAAAGCCCAUCACUCGACGUCCCCACCGCGUUCGCUAGAAAUAGCCCCCUCUCGAAAGCUCUUGAAGCCAUCCAUCUCCGCGUCGAGGCGAUCCCUGAAAGCUUCGUUGCAGCACAUGACGUCGUCGUCGUUGCCACUGGCGUCGACGCUGCUGUCCGAGCCUGGCCAUCACCACUCGUUGCCCCCCUACCCUUUGACCAAGCGCCUUCCUUUUCGCUGA